CGGCAGCGACAACCUGCGUGGCCCUGGCGGCUUCGGCUGAUGGGCAGCGCUUGCAGCGUCCGCAAGAGCGGGAAGCGGGCCUCCACGACGGCUGACAGCGCCACAGGCGUGCCCUACCUGACCGAGCGGCUGGAGCAGCACCGGGGCGGCAUCAAUUGCCUGGCGCUGAGCGAGGACCACUCGCUGCUCGUGUCCGGCAGCGAGGACGGCCGCGUGCUCUUGUGGAGCAGCCAGUCGACGCCCGUCGAACUGCUCGGCACGCUGAGUGGCCACGCGGGCUACGUCACGCACUGCACGGUGCACGGCAACUUCGUGCUCACCGGCUCCGCCGACGGCACGCUGCGCAAGUGGUCCAUCGUGGACGCCAAGUGCGUGCACGUCUUCGUUGGCCACGGCGCGCGCGUCAACCGGGUGCUGUGCACGGGCGACCUGGUGCUCAGCACGUCACACGACAAGACGGCGCGCGCGUGGCGCUUCAACGCCGACCUGGACGAACAGGAAAUGGAAGAGCAGCGGCUGCUGCGUCAAGUGGCAAGCAGCGGCCGCAGCAGUCCACGCAGUACCGCCACCAAGAAGCGGUCAGACAGCCAGGCUAGCACCGUCCAGAAGGACCCCGAAGGAGACGACACCUCCACGUCCUCGGGAUUCUCGGAGGGGGCAGACUCCAGAUCGCAAACGCACACAGUCGAUGACCGCAUCACCGUCUUUCGAGGCCACACGAAGAGUGUCUUCCCGGUGAUAUUCGUGCCAGCGGACGGGCUCUCAGAUUCUGACGCCGAGGACAUCGUUGUCACAGGGUCGCACGACUGCACGGCUCGAACCUGGGGCAUUUUCUCCGGUGAUUGCUUAAAGAUUCUGCGUGGCCACACAGCGCCAAUCAACGCCAUGGAGGUGGACGCUGAAGGAGUCUACGUGUUUACGGGCGGCGGCGAUGGCGUAAUCCGAAGCUGGCACGUCCGCAGCGGUGAAUGCCAGCACGUGCUCACUGGACACCAGGGACCCAUCGUUUGCCUGCUAGCGCACAGCAAGAUGCUCUACUCGGGCAGCUCGGACAACACCGCCCGAGCGUGGGUCAUGGAGUUCGGCGAAUGCACCCGCGUCUACCGGGGCCACCAGCACACGGUCGACUGCCUCUGCUACCACGACCGGAUGCUGUACACGGGAUCCGGAGACAAGGUUGCCCGCAUGUUCGAAGCCAAAUCGGGCACACUGAAGCGGUCUUUUCGAGGACACGAGCAUGGCGUUGUCUGUAUUGAGGUGGUGAAGGGCAAACUGUUCACCGGCUCGUACGACGGCAGUCUUUUCGUGUGGGACACAACGGGCGUGGUGGACGAGACGGUGUUCGGCGACGAGGUUCUCCAGGAAGAGGACGACAACGAACUGCCUGACGACAGCGAGGAGGUGAAGAUGGCCGUCAACUUUCUUGAGCCUUUUAUCCACGAAGGCUGACGGCGUCCACCCACAUCGAAACCAAAGUCAGCAGUUCAGAGGUUCAACUCGACGCUACUUCAACCGGCAGAGAAAGUUUUGAGGGAUUCAAUAUGAACGAGACCUGGUAGCUACGUGCACAAACGGCCAAAUAAUUGUGCUGCCGGCGUCGCAAGCACUCGAAGAGAAGCCGAGGCUUGCGACAGCUGAAAAAUGUGAUCUCUUGUAAAACGCUCGUAUUGCUUUUUUUUAACCAUUUUUACUACCUUUUGCUAGUCAAUAAACGCAUCGU